AUGGAGAUGCCCCUGACCCAGCAAUCGAGGCCUGACUCCUUUGAACCUAAAAUCAUCCAGCUUUAUCUCCACCUCUUCAACGUUCUUGCAAACGAGGAUGCUGAUGAAUCGAUCCCUUCUGAAGGGUUUUGGCGGGAAUUCUUCCUGCUCAAGCCGGACAAGCAACGGCUCUAUGACAUUCUCGAGCCCAUGACUGCUUUUGACUUGGUCCAUAUGCAAGCUCAGAUGCGACUAUUCUUCAAGCGUGCCAUCGUCGAAGCAAGCUCGGGAGCUUUCCCGCAGAACGAAAACGCCCUCGACAAUCUGACAGCUUUCCUAUGCGCUGUCUUUACCAAAAAGUACACCAAUCCUAACACCGACGUCAUCGAAGUACUUGCUGGGCUGGACACCAUUGACAGAUUGAUGUCAGACCUCGUCCAUACCCUCGAAUCAAUUAUCCGACAGGCGGGCAAAGACUCGUUGCGAAGCAAAUCUCUUGAUACUGUCCUCGCCCUGGUUGCUGGCGGGUUCCACACAAGCCUUGUUACUUAUUUCAUGCACCGUGAUCUCUUCUCGGCGUUGAUGAAGUAUGUCCACGAUAUGCCCGAACUUCCCACCACUGGCCUCAAAGCGUUCAUUGUUAUCGGCAUAUUGUCCAGUUACAACAAAUUUGAGGCUCAGAAUGUGUACCAGAAUCGGCUGGAGGAUUUCGUCAACGAGGAAACAAUUCGACUUUUGGUUCGCAAUUUCGCCAUUGCAUGUGUAAUUAUACGUGACCAAUAUGUGUCUAUUCAAGAUGACUACCCUACACCAUGGAGUUUGAACUCGACACUUGUCAUGGUCGGACUUCGAUCAUUGUCCACUGACGCAAAGAAACCAGCGCCUCCAUCGGAGGAGGAAGCAAAGGCUUUGUUUCUUUCCCUGCCUGGGGAGGAUGCCUCUUGUAUCCUUUCACUGUACUCUUUCACCCAAGCAAACAAGUUAUUUGCUGCCAAUCUCUUGAAUCUAGCAACCGAGAAAGAUAAGGAGGCGCCGUUUUCUGCUUUCCUGUCCAUGACCUCAUAUAUCUCACAUCAUGCCUACCGUGGGCCACGACAAUCGACAUAUGCCGUCUUGUGUCUACUCUCCAUCAGGAUAAUCGUCGAAGACCCAGUGUUGGCCAAAAGAAUUUGCUCGGCGGAUUCUAAAGCCUUGUUUCGACUAUGCCGUCAAAGGCCACCUCAUCUUCCACUGGUCACAUCUGCAAGGAUCCCUGCAGCAGCUAUUCUGGACCUCUGCACAGACAUUCUUAGCCACAACUUGAGAAAGAGGCUGGAUGUCCGCCUGUACGGCCUUGCUUUGGGCAUUAUAUUACGUAUAGUGACACACCUCGAACAGACCAAGACGCGUCUUCAGCACCAUUGGGCAUACAUCUGGGGCUCGCUCUUGUCACUGAUGCGGUUUCUGACGCAGUAUGCCAGCGACCUCAAACAUGUCAGGGAUAUUCGGCAAGACUUGUGUGCGACGCUCGCAAGUCUAGCUACAUUUUGUUUGUCGAAGGGUGACGGGUUCCUCCCAGAUCCAUCCAGUUUUGACGACUUUUUCUACAAGCUUAUCGAGGCAAACGAUGUUUUACACAGGUUCAAGCAAGCGUAUUGCGACGGAGGUUCACAAUCCGAUACCCUGGAGCGAUCGGUUGAGGCGCUGAUUAGCGUUUCGUCUCAUUAUCAUGAACUGUUGAAAGUACAACACGGCAAAAAGACACAUCAGUCGCCGGCAGCGAUUCAGAAAGUUAUCAAGGAAGGGUAUGAAACGUUGAACUUAGAGGUCGAUGAAGGGUUUGGGCGCUGGGAGAAGUGGCGCGAGAGCAAUUGGAAAGCCGAAGUGAAAAAGAUGAUCAGAGUCGCGGUCGAGGAUUCCAGAAUGCUCUCGCUAAGGUGA